AAGCAUGUAUAUAGCCACAAUGUAAUGAUCCGAACUGAAAUUGAAAAUAAAAUUACUUAAAAUUUUUGUAAAAUUCUCUGUCCACAUUUCAGGUUCUCCAUUAAGUGUGGAUUUGUCAAGCUAAGAUUUAAUCAUCAGAAUUCCACACAGUUAGCACAUGGGUAUAGAGCAAUUCUAAUGUAUCACACUUGGUUUCCGGGUAAUGCGGCUAGAACACACAGUCCCCAUGUCAUUCUGAUUUCCUGGUUGAGGGGUAUAACAUCUUGUGGGAAUGGUGUGUCUUCCUCCCCUGAUAUCGUCAACACAGAAUCAGGCUUUUUCCCAUUGUUUCUGAGCACGGACCUUUCUGCCUGUGCCUCCCCUCUUUUCCCCCAAAAUUGCCAAGUGGUGCUAUCCAAUGGACUUUAAAUAGAUUCUGUAAUCUUGAAGCUUGGAUCCAGAGGUAAAGAAGCAUAUUACAGAUUUGGGGAGCGCUGCAUUUUGCUAGGACUUCUCUGCCCCUUCCCACGUAUAAAGUUCUGUUCCUGCACAGGUGACGGUCUUCAGUUGUCCAGCUAAUCCGUUAUUUGGUAUUUGUUUCCACUGUAUUCUUGCUUAGCACAGAAGAAUGUAGGUGCAAACUAGAUUAUUUUCUCACUAUUCCUUCUGUUCAUCUUUUCUUCCAGACUGAAUUCUAGAGAACCUUACAGCUUUGCAAGAAAAAAGAAAAUGAGUACAUCUCUCGUGUUGUCAUUUGAAGACCUGGUUGUGGACUUCACCAGGGAGGAGUGGCAGAUUCUGAACAAUGAUCAGAGGGCCCUGUACAGGGAUGUGAUGCUGGAGACGUACAGCAGCCUGGUAUCUGUGGGGCACUGCAUUCCCAAACCUGGCUUGAUCUCCAAACUGGAACAAGGAGCAGAUCCAUGGAUUUUGCAGGAAUGCCUAAACCAGGGUCUCCCAGUUCCCCAGGAAAAGCAUGGCUUAAGUGAAACCAACCAGGAAAAUGAAGACAUUAGUAUGAGACAAGAUUCAGUGACAAACAACAUGCCAAAUCUCAAAGCUGAUUUAAGAAAAGGACUUAAUUUCUGCCCAAGCCGUGUUCCAAAACUGGUUAUCAAAAGGAUAAGUUUUUCAGAAAUGAAAAGAGGUGUAUGGAAUGUAUUUCACAAUGUGCAUUUCUCUAGUGGGUCUGAUAAAAUUCAACCUGGAGAGAAAUCCAGUAGCUGUAAUGUGCCUGAGAACUCUCCCCAAUGCUCUGAGUCUCUUAGUCAGCAUCAGGAGAUUCAGACUGUGCGGCAUGCUUCUGAGAAGAGUGGAAAAGGGAAAGCCCUCAAAAGAAAGAAGAAAUGCAUUGCAUUUGAGAGGGUUCAUAUAGAAGAGACCUGUAAAAAUAAGUCAGCUUCCACUGUCAGACAUGUAGCCAAGAUAGGAAAGGAAACUUUUCAGAGAAGCCCUAGUCAUAGUAAACAGCAGAUACACACAAGGAAGAAAUUAUUAGAAUCUACUGACUGUGAGGGCACUUUGAUUAGCAAAUCAAAUAUUACAGUGAGUCAGAAAGCACAUAUGCGCAAUAAGCCUUACAUGUGUAAACCUUGUGGGAAAUCUUUCAGUUGUAAAUCCUGUCACACCUUUCAUGAAAUGACUCACAAAAGGGAGAAGAUGCAUAGGUGCAAUGAAUGUGGAAAAACUACCUAUUGGAAGUUAGAGUUUAUUAGAAAUCAGACAAUUCAGAAAGCUAAGAAGCCUAAUGAAUGUGAUGAAUGUGGAAAAACCUUUUCUCAUAAAUCACUCCUGAAAACACAUCAGAAAAUUCACACACAGGAGAAGCCACACAAAUGUAAUGUUUGUGGAAAAGCCUUUUUCCAGAAAUCACUGCUUUUAACCCAUAAGAGAAUCCACACUGGUAAGAAAACUUAUGAAUGUAAAGAGUGUAGAAAAGCCUUUUGGUUGAAGUCAGACCUCAUCAAACAUCGGAGAAUUCACACAGGAAAAUCUUAUAAAUGUAAUGACUGUGGAAAAGUCUUUUGCCGUAAGUCAUACCUUACUACACAUCAAAGAAUUCAUACAGGGGAAAAACCUUAUGAAUGUAAAGAGUGUGGAAAAGCCUUUUGCUGGAAGUCUCACCUCACAACACAUCAGAGAAUGCACACAGGGGAGAAGCCAUAUGAGUGUAAUGAGUGUGGGAAGGCUUUUUACUGGAAGUCAGAUCUCAUUAGACAUCAUAGGAUUCACACAGGAGAGAAACCUUAUGAGUGCAAAGAGUGCGGAAAAGCCUUUUGCCAAAAAUCAAUCCUUAUUACUCAUCAGAAAAUUCACACAGGGGAGAAACUUUAUGAAUGUACACAAUGUGGAAAAGCAUUUUGCCAGAAGUCACACCUCCUAAGACAUCAGACUGUUCACACAGGCAUAAAGCCUUAUGAAUGUAAAGAGUGUGAGAAAGCUUUUUGGCAGAAGUCUUCCCUCAUUAAGCAUCAGAGAAUUCAUAUGGUGGAAGAGGUGUCAGAGUAAUGAAUAUGGAAAAUCUUUUGUUAGAAGUAAUACCUUAUAAUUGUGUGAAUGCAUUUCCUGGGAGGUAUAAGAUUGUUAUGAAUCAGAAAAUUCAUAAUUAAUGGUUAAUUUAGUGACUUUAGAAAACCUUUUGAAGAAAUCCCAUAUGGAUUUGACCUAGUUGCGUUUGCACUGUUGUAAUGUGUUAUAUAAUGCUUCCCCUCACAUUUCCUUUCAGAAGUAUGAGGUAUAACUUUUGAUAGACAAAUGUGGCAGUGAUGUCUCUAGCUGCAUAAUGCUGUAAUAGGAUUUCGUUGAAGGACAGCAUCACAGCAUUCUCCUCUGGCCCAAUCUAAGUGCCUCUAGUCAAAUGCAGAUAUGCUGGCUCUUUUAUCUGAAGUGUGACCUGCAGUUGGAUGGCUUCUGGUUUCUUAAUCUGAAAUACAUGUGAAUGUAUUAUGUUUGUAUGUGUGCUCUUAACAGGUGUAUAAACGAUAAUGCUGACCCUGAGGUAUCCAAUAUCAUUUUUAAAGUACAUUCCCAUUUC